AACCAUUGUACAGAUUUAAUGUACCAAGGGUGGAACCAACUAUCCUGUUUCAAAAGAUGGGUGUGGGAAGACUAGAAAUGUACAUAUUGAACCCAGUUAAAGGCAGCAAAGAGUUUGAAUCCCUUUCCAAGCAAUGGACUGAAAGUGACAAGCACAAGGGCUCCAACUUGCCAAUUUCCUGCCUAACCUCUGUUUGUGCCUUAUUGGUCUGGCAUCCCGCUUCACCCACUGAGAAGAUUGUGAGGGUAUUGUUCCCAGGUUGUACUCCUCAAAACAAAAUUUUGGAAGGCUUAGAGAAACUAAGACACUUGGAUUUUUUGAAGGAUCCAGUCACAACUCGUAAGGAUCUGGAAUUGAUUGAAAGUAGUAAUAGAAGUGGAGCAAUACCCAGACGGACAGACAGCAAGGAGAGCAUAAGAUCUGGGUCUGGCCGGCUUAGUAUUGAACACAAGGUUAUAAGCAAAGAGAAACCAAUUAAAUUUGAGAGGAAAGAGGCCAAAUCUGAAGGGAAAGAACAAAUUAAAACAGUACCUUCCAAAGAUACUGGAACUGAGGGAGCAAAGCUGAAAGAGGCCAAGGUCAAAAUGAAAGAAUCGGCUGAUAAACCUAAGCAAGAUUCAAGGUUGAAGGCCACUAAAGAUAAAGUAUUUGUUAGGAAAGAACAGGAAAAGAAGCCACCAAUAAAAAGAGAUGAAGGUCAAACUGAUAAAAAGGAAGUAACAAAACAAGAUGGCAAGAAGGAUAUGCGACCCAUUAUUGAUGGUAGAGUGGAGACUCCACGAAGAGAUCUUAAAGAUGAUCCUCGGAAAGACUUCAAGGGAGAUGAAGGCAAAAACGUAAAAACUGCCACUAAAGACGUUAGGAAAAGUAUCAAAACACCUACAGACACCCGUAGAUCUCUUUCUAAGGUUAGUUCUGUAAAAAAGGAUACGUCUGGUAAAGUAGUUGGAAAAGGAAAGCCUACACCGAAGCCAGUCAGCGGGGAGCUGACUAAGCACUCUGUGGAGAAACUUGUGAUUGAUGGUACCAUUCAAAAUUCAGGCAACACUGCAGAGGGGACACGGGAGCCUAGUGAAGAAUGUGAAAAGGGUGCCUGCGAUGAGCCUUCAAAACUAACAAAUGUGCAUUUAGCUGCUUGUGCAGAGAAUGGUUUGUGUCCAGAGGAGCCGGAAAGUCCCAGUGGAUUUCGUUACUUGGAGACCAGUCCUCUUAAGGGACUGGCUCCAGUGUCACCACUGGCUAAUACUCCUAGAAGUGAACAGAGUGUAAAUUUUGAUCUGACACCCACCACCUUAGAAGUGCAAGACAAAGUGAGAGAUGAACUGGCUGAUCUCUGUGGUAGUUCAGAUGAAAGGACUCUAGAGAUGGCUUCUCCAGCGAGUUCAGACCAUUGCUCUCCAGCACUGCUGGGUCAGAAUUGUAGCCAAUCUAUUCCCUCUACAGAUGGAAGGAGUAUGAACUCGUCCUCUUGGCGAGCUCCACCCAAAUCAUCUCAAGAAAAUUCAAAUUCAUCACAGGGAAGACACACCAGUUGUUUAUCUUUAAGUCCAUUCCGUGAAGACAUCCCUGAUGUUUCUCCAACAAUAACAACCCCAUCUCUGCCUGCUGAGGUGGGCUCUCCACACUCAACAGAGGUUGAUGAAUCCCUGUCCAUCUCUUCCUUUGAGCAGACCCUUCCUCCAGUUAGUGAGUCACCUAGAGAUGUAUCUCCAGAAUUGCACACUCCAAACAAAGGAACUUUAUCUUUGCCAGUGCGCUCCCCUCAACAUCUAGAGCAUGAAAGACCGUCUGAGAGAUCUGCAUCUCCCCAUGAUGUUGAUCUAUGCUUGGUAUCCCCCUGUGAAUUUGAGCACCCUAAAUCUGAUGCUGUGCUAAGUCCCAGGGAUAGCGAUAGUGACCUCUCUCAGGAGCUAGCAAAACCACUGUGCUCUACAGACAAAAACUUGCCUAAUGGAUUAGAAACACCUCCUACUUCAGUCAGUGAAUCGCUGCCAACCAUUUCUGACUCUGGCCCAGAUGAAUAUCCUUCUAUUGCUGUUGAUGCAGAGUCUGAGUCUGAUGUAGACAAUUCUUCCAGACCUUUAGAUCCCAUUCCUGCCCCUCUGCGUGAUCCCCAACCCAUGCCACCGCAGCCAAGCACAUGCAUGGUUGACCCAGAAGUCAUGCAUACUAACCAUGGGGAGAAGAAGCCAUCACCCCGUCCUCCCUCUGCCUCCAACCCUAAGAAUGACAGUUUAAAGACACCUGGAAUUAAGACCAGGGUUGGUUCAGAUAGAACAGGAAAGGCUCUCCCGAACCCACGCCCAGGAGUGGAUGCCAAACAAGUUAUAGGCAGGCGCAGCAUUGGAAAUGUCGCUAAAGCUGCCCCUGGAGUAAGCAGAACUUCAGGUAGGCAACCUUUAAUGUCACAUCAAGCAUGUUGUAUGCUUUAUAUCUGUGGGGUGUAAAAUCUGUUCGUGCAAGUGUCCUAACAUAACUUCUUUUUUACUUCCAACGUGUGUGUGUGUUACAUACAUACCAACCUACCUAAUCUAUGUCUCUUAUCUCUUAGUCACUCCUAUGAAACCACCCCAGUCCAGCUCUCCCUCACCUCCACCUCUACCAGUUUAUGUUGAUCUUGCUUACUUGCCUGGUGGAUAUGGGGCAUUUACAAUAGAGGAAGAAUUUUUUAAGUGUGUACGCUCUUCUUGCUACAUAAUCAGUGGGGAUGACCCUGCAAAGGAAAAAGUCACUCGCCAGAUUUUGGACUCUCUACUUGCUGGAAAAAAACACUGGCCACAAGACAUGCAGGUCUGUCUUAUUAAUUUGUUUUCCUUUACAUUUUCUCUAAGAAAUCUGUUUAGAGGUGAAUCUGUCAAAGCUUACAAGGUUGUUUUCCGGUAGGCAGACAGUGCUUUUUAUCACAGCACUAAAUAAGAAUCUAGCCAAGGAAAUGUUUAAGCAUAUAAUUAACAACGUUGCUUGCAUGAUGUUCAGAGAAAAUGUUAUAAGCAUUUGUGUGCCAGAAUUAUAAAUAAAAUUACUUUGGUGUUUCUUCAACGCUGAUGGAAAGUUCAAACAAACUUAUGCCACACCUAUAACUUUUAGUGGAGAAUGAAAAAAAAAAAAAUAGAGAGAGAUUCUAUCACUCUCAGGUCUUUACAAUAAAUCCGUUGGUAUUUAUUAAAUAAAUAAAAAGGUUACAUCAUCUGACCGACAUUUCGACCCUACAGGGUCUUCCUCAAAAUUCUUGAGGAAGACCCUGUAGGGUCGAAAUGUCGGUCAGAUGAUGUAACCUUUUUAUUUAAUAAUACCAACUGAUUUAUUGUAAAGACCUGAGAGUGCAUCUCUUAUUUCUCCAUAUAUUCUAUGGGAUUGCACCAAGGCAUCAAGAUAUUUAUUUAAUGAGAGACAGGGUGAGUGCCAAGCUAUCUAUUUUUGUGUAUCUAUAUCUCUCUAUCCUUAACCCACAAAAACUAAGUAUCUAUGAAAUGGUAUACGACAAUGUAGUGCAGAUGGUACUGAAAAACACAACUAGUUAUUGGCAAGUCACAUGUAACGCAGCAAAUAAUUGUAGGCUCUGUUACAUGUGAGUGAUCAGACUUUUCCAAUAACUAGUUAUAGUUAAUCAUAUGAAAGUGUUCAAAGAAAAUAAUGUAAAUAUUCACACACAAAAUAUAUAUAUAUAUAUAUAUAUAUAUAUAUAUAUAUAUAUAUAUAUAUAUAUAUAUAUAUAUAUAUAUAUAUAUAUAUAUAUUUUAAAAAUUUCCCAAUGUGUGUGUGUUUUUUUUGUAAAAGUGUCCUCUAAAUUUUGAGUGCUAUAGUUAAUUUUAAAUCUACAGAUGCUCUCUUCAUUAAUGCACUAACUAGCAGUGUGUAGUAUUUCUACCUCAGCAAAGUCUACAAAUCACUAAAGAAUCCACAAUGAUGAACUCAAAAUGUAUACAUCAGGUUUAGAAGGGGUUAAUGAAUAUGAAAUGCAUCACACUACUAUCCCACAAAUAAGGUGCACUGUAUUAUUGCAUGUUACAUUAUUUGACAUAGACCUCUCUAAGAUAUCUGCACCACUUGCUGGCCAGGUUGACCGUCUUACUUAAAUCUUCUUGUUAUAUGAAAAGGAAAAAAAUAUACAGAUUGGUGAUUUAGAACCUACGCAAAAGGUUAAGGACUAAUUGGGUAGUCUCUCUUCCCUCCAACUUGUGAUGCUAAGAUUCAUUGGCUGGGUCUUUGCUUUGAUGGGCGAAUAUGUAACAUGUCACUAAACACGACUCCUAUGGAAGGAUGCUCAAAAGAUAGAUUCCCAAAUGUUAUAGUACUAAAACUUCCAUGAUACUUUUCCAUUCUAAAGAAUGACAAAGCAUAUUGGUAGUCUUAGUUCUGCAACUUCUGAGAAUAUACCAUUUAGACAUCCCUGUUCUUUGAUUGAAACCUUAUACUAAUCUGACCGCUGAGGAAAGCUCACUCGAGCCCACCAUUUUCUUCUUGCCUAUGAACGGCAUAAAACUAGUAGGAACCAAGGGAGUUUCUUGUUUUUUAAUUGCAUGGGAAACAAUAAAAAAAAAAAAAAAAUUUGAUCAAUGUAUUAAAAAAUUUCAUGCAAGUGAACCAUUAUAUCAAGUCAUCCUUAUAAUAUUGAAUUAUGUUUUGAUUUCUAGGUGACCCUCAUUCCAACGUUUGAAUCCACAGCAGUCCAUGAGUGGUAUCAGGAGACGCAUGUACUUCAGCAAUCAUUGGGAAUUAGAGUUUGCGGCAGUACCAACAGUGUUUCCAUGCAGGGAGAGACUUUCCCUGCCUGCAAAUGGGAAUUUUAAUCUCCAUUCCUACUAACCCUCUUCAUUUCAUGUUUUGGUUUGCAAUAUUUUGCAUACUGAAGUCAUAUUGGGCCAGCUAGGCUUUGAAGACACUCCUUGUGCCAUAUCUCCCUUCCACCUGCUUGAUAAUUGCCACCAGUCACAUUGUGUUUGGGAAGGCACAUUGCUAAUCUGUCUGCACUCGGUGCUGUUAAGCAAAGCAAAAGACAAAUAUAUAUUAAAAAAAUCUUUAUUAUUACUACUUGCACCUUCACUUGAGAAUGUCCUGUUCCACUUUAUGACAUGGACUUGUUGCCAUCUUCCAUUUUCUCAGCUGGCCCUCCAGCGCUCUGAUAAAAGAUACUUGCACGCAAGGUUUACAUGUGAUGCUCCACCUAUUGCCCUUUCCCACUUGUGUUGUGUGUGUGGUUUUUUAUUUUUUUUUAAUUUUUUUUUUUUAUUUUUUAUAAAUUUUUUUUUCCUUUUACACACCUUUUUUGGUCAGACGCUAAAAUUUACUAUAAAGUGUGAAUAGCAGCCCAUUCAAUGAACUAUUCAGUCGUGACAUUGUGAAUUUAAAUAUUAGUUGAUUUCAAUGUAAAUUAGCAAAAUGUGAAUUUUUUUAUUUUGUUUUUGCACCAUUAACUCACACUAUUCUGCACUGCUUGACAUUACAUGGUCUAUUGCAGUGGUUUGGAACAGAAAUGUUACGUUUUGGGGUUAUUGUUGAUGGUAGACUUGUUCUACUACUGUGUAAAACUGGGUAAUGCACCAAGUGUUCAAAUUUAACCAUUAUGGAGGUUACAUGCCCUUUCUGAGCUUUUUUUUUUUUUUUUUUGCAACUAUAGGGGAGGUUUAUAAAUCUGUCUCAGGAAAGUGGUACUAUCCAUUAAACCAAUGGAAUCAACAGAAACCACUUGACUUUUGUUUCCAUGGUUAUUGCUCACCAUUCAGAACUCUGCUUGCUGUUCUAUGAGUGACCGUUUUAUAGAUUUCCCCCACUGUUUUCUUGUAAACUGUUUAACGCCUACUAUUUUUAAGGAGGAGAAUCACAGUAGUAAAUGUGUUUUUCACAAAGUACAUUACCAGCAUGGAUAAUGUGACACUUUAAUAUGAGGAAAUUUGUAUGCACAUUUUUUUUCAUAACCUAAACUGUGUACAGUAGUUACUUAAUCCAUAGUCCCAUCCUCUGAUAUCAAUAUUCUAAUUUAUCUGUAAAGUGCACAGUGUACAAAUGCAAUUUUCAUAGAAAUAAUCUGAGGGCCCCUUACUCUAUACACACUCCACAGUAUGUGGACCUCCUGCCCCUCCCCCCCAAAUAAUUUAAAUAAACUUGAUUUAUAUUAUUUUUUGAUAAUUUUAACACUCCUCUUCUUGACAGAAAUGCAGUAGAAAAAGGUACUAAACAGGCUUAGGUUCAUGCCAGUUUAGCAUUGAUAUGACCACAGUAAGGGUCAUGUUUAAACACUACAACGUUUGCAUCUUGUCCUUGUGUACUUAAGCUAUUCAUCUCUGUAAUUCUGUUUUGACGGUAUAUGAAGGAUUAUUAUACCUCACCCUCUCCAUAUUGGAAAGAACUUGGCUAGUGGCACUUUUUAGCAUGGAGUGUAUGUUUAAACUUCUUAAAUCCUAAGGAACAAGGGGUGCAUAACCAUUUUAGUGCCACAGAAGACUAGGUGUUUAAUUAUUUUCUAGUAGAACGUAGUUGAUCAGAUCAACCAUGGCUGCCAUUAUUCUCCCCUCAAAGGCUGUAAUCUUGCCAGAGAUUCAAGAAUGUAAUUAAUGGGCAGCGUGCACAGCAUUACCGUUAAACAAUUUUUGGGUUUGGUCACAGGACUAGAGUUUAACAGACGCGUAUGGAUCAUAGAAUCUCUCUCGCCAAGCUGUUUUCAAAUUGGAUCCAUAGUGUGAAUUCACGUAGCUUGCAAUAGAUGAGCAAAUAAACAAAAUAUGAUGUAAACCUAAAAAUGUUGUCUUUUGUCAAAUAGGUUAAUAGAUUUGAAAAUUGUGGAGGUGGAUGCAUUUUUAAAUAACUCUUAAUGGACGAGGUGAAUGGUAUAUUGACUGAAGAGAGGAUAGGCUCGUAUGAUAC